AUGGCAAACCCCAUUGUUCUUCUCAUAACCUUCGUUCUUCUUCUCCAUAUGUACUCUGCUUCUUCCUCUCCAGUCGCCGAUCCUCAACAAGUGGUUGAAGAAGUUCUCACGAGCAUCAACAAUGCAACAAAAAGAAGGAACUUGGGGUUCCUCUCCUGCGGAACUGGAAACCCAAUUGAUGAUUGUUGGAGGUGCGACCCCGAUUGGGAGAAGAAUCGAAAGCGCCUAGCCGACUGCGCCAUUGGGUUCGGGAAGGGAGCCAUCGGCGGCAGAAAUGGAAAAUUCUACAUUGUCACUGACCCAUCUGACAAGGACGUGGUGAACCCAAAACCAGGAACUCUCCGCCAUGCCGUAAUCCAAAAAGAACCUUUAUGGAUCACCUUCAAACGUGACAUGGUCAUCAAACUAAAAGCAGAGCUGAUCAUGAACUCUUUCAAAACCAUCGACGGUCGCGGCAGAUCAGUCCACAUCGCCGGUGGGCCAUGCAUUACAAUUCAGUACGUGACGAACAUUAUAAUCCACGGCAUUAACAUUCACGACUGCAAGCAAGGAGGGAACAUGUACAUUAGAGAUUCGCCGGACCAUUACGGUUGGAGGACUCUGUCGGACGGGGAUGGGGUUUCGAUAUUUGGGGGCAGCCAUAUUUGGAUCGACCAUUGCUCGCUGUCGAAUUGCCAAGAUGGGUUGAUUGAUGCGAUUCGUGGGUCUACGGCUAUCACAAUUUCAAACAAUUAUAUGACCCACCAUAACAAAGUUAUGCUUUUGGGACAUAGUGAUUCGUACACUCAAGACAAGAACAUGCAAGUCACCAUUGCUUUUAACCAUUUUGGCGAGGGGCUGGUGCAAAGAAUGCCACGAUGCCGACAUGGGUAUUUCCAUGUGGUGAAUAAUGACUAUACCCAUUGGAUUAUGUACGCCAUUGGUGGAAGUGCAUCGCCCACAAUCAAUAGCCAAGGGAACAGAUACCUUGCUCCUGAUAACCGAGUUAGAAAAGAGGUGACAAAGCGUGAGGCUGCAGCAGAGAGCAAAUGGAAGAAUUGGAAUUGGAAAUCAGAGGGAGAUUUGAUGUUGAAUGGAGCGUUCUUCAGGAAGUCCGGUGCCGGAGCGUCGUCUAGCUAUGCGAGGGCGUCCAGCUUGAGUGCCAAGCCAUCGUCGUUGGUGAGUUCAAUGACGGCAGGAGCAGGAGUGCUGAAAUGCUCAAAGGGCUCCCCAUGCUCUACUUGAGCCACUCUCACCAAUCUCACCAAGUUCCUCAAGCAUUCCGAAUACUUCUUA